AUGCAGAAGGCUAAUUACUUUCUUUUUGCAAUUUUGUUGGUACAGUGUCUAAUGGCCUGCAAAGCCAUGGCAACAACAAAUAUUACUACUGAUCAAUCUUCUCUUCUUGCCUUCAAAGCCCACAUAAAUUUAGAUCCUUCACAUAUUUUAUCGAAAAAUUGGUCGGUUGUUACUUCUGUUUGUGUCUGGAUUGGAGUUACUUGUGGUCCUCGCCACCAAAGAGUGACUGCCUUGGAUAUUUCUAGCAUGAAUCUUACUGGAAAGAUACCUUCCCAAUUGGGAAAUCUAUCCUUCCUUGUUUCUAUAAACUUAAGCAGAAACUAUUUUCAUGGCAGUGUUCCUCAAGAGCUGAUUCAACUCCGACGGUUGAAAAUCAUGCAAUUCAGUUUCAACAAUUUCAGCGGCGAAAUUCCUGCAUGGCUUCAUUUCUUACCUAAAUUACAAGUUUUGAAUCUUAGAGAAAACAGCUUUUCAGGUUGCAUCCCACCUUCUCUUUCUAAUAUAUCCAUGCUCCAGUUUUUGGAUCUCUCUUCCAAUCCUCUACAAGGGAAAAUCCCAGAAGACGUUGGAAAUCUUCGUAACUUGAAAACACUUGCAUUACGAUAUAACAGACUCACUGGUGUAAUACCUUUGCAGGUUUUCAACAUAUCGACAAUGGAAAUUCUUGCUUUUACAGGGAAUAACUUGACUGGUAAUCUCCCUCUUCAAAUAUGCCAUGGCUUCCCAAGACUCCAGGGGCUAUAUCUAUCUGAAAAUGAAUUCGGUGGUGAAAUUCCUUCCAAUCUAUCAGAAUGUUUACAACUUCAGAUCCUUUCUUUGUCAUACAACAAAUUUAGUGGAUCCAUUCCAGGAGAAAUUGGGAGAAUAAGGAUGCUUCAGAUUUUAUAUCUUUAUUCAAAUGAUUUGUCCGGUGCAAUUCCACAUGAGUUGGGUAAUCUGGAGAACCUCAAGGAGUUGAGCAUGGGACUUAAUUUUCUUAAUGGUUCUAUACCAGCCAGUAUCUUUAACAUUUCGUCAUUGCAAUUUAUUGAGAUUGCUGAAUGCAACCUAUCUGGUGUAAUCCCCCAAGAGAAUGGCACUCUUUACAACUUGGAGCGUCUUUAUUUGGACAGCAAUAACUUAAAUGGACCAAUUCCAAACUUCCUCGGGAAUUUGAGACUCAUUGAAAAAGUAUACUUGUCUAGGAACAACUUCAUUAGUAAAUCUCCAGAAUUGAGCUUCAUCACUUCAUUGACAAGCCAUAGAUAUUUAACAGAAUUGGCUUUUGGCGAUAAUCCUUUGAAUGGCUUUCUUCCAGUUUCAGUUGGAAAUUUAUCCACUUCUCUACAAUAUCUUUAUGGUUAUAAUUGUGAUCUCAGAGGUAGCAUUCCAAAUGGAAUUGGCAAUCUCACCAGUUUGAUAAAGUUAAGUCUGUUUGGCAAUGAGUUGACAGGGUCAAUUCCAGUAAGCCUGGUGAAUUUGCAAAAGCUUCAAGGAUUAGCUCUUCGUCUCAAUAAAAUAAGUGGAUCUAUCCCGGACUCUCUCUGUGAACUUCACAAUUUAUAUCUAUUGUCAUUGGCACAAAAUCAAAUAACAGGUGCUAUUCCAAGGUGCAUAGGGAAUAUUACUACACUAAGGCGUCUAGUUAUCUAUACCAACAGAUUGACUUCCCCCAUACCUGCAAGCUUGUGGCUUCUGAAAGAUCUUCUGAAGUUGGAUCUAUCUACAAAUACUUUGAGUGGGUCUCUACCUCAAGAAAUUGGGAACUUGAAGAAUGCAUUUCUUAUUGAUCUAUCAGUCAAUCGAUUCUCAGGUAGUAUUCCAAGCACUAUUGGAGAUUUACAGACCUUGAGUAAUCUUUCCUUAGCACAUAACGCACUGCAAGGAUCUAUUCCGGAGUCGGUGGGUAAGAUGCUGAACUUGGAAGAGCUUGAUCUAUCUCACAACAAUCUUUCUGGUAAUGUCCCCAAGUCCUUGGAGGCACUUACGCAUCUCACGUACUUGGACGUUUCUUUCAAUGAUUUAAGUGGUGAAGUUCCUUCAGGUGGUCCUUUCAAAAACUUUUCAAGUAAAUCCUUCAUGUCUAAUGAGGGAUUAUGUGGUGAUCCUAUAUAUGGUCUUCCAUCAUGUCCUACUGGUAGACAAGAGAGAAGAAAACCGAUGCUUGCAGUUGUAUUUUCUUUGUUGGGGAUUACAGUACUAAUUUUGAUAGGCACGGCCUUGGCAUAUGCAAUUGGAAGAUACCGAAGGAAAAAAUUGGUGGAAAAUAGAGUAGACUUCGCACCUGGCACAACUCUAAGGGUCUCAUAUCAUGAACUUUUGCAAGCAACUGAAGGGUAUAGUGAGAGCCAUUUGCUUGGAUGUUUACAACUUCAGUUCCUUUCUUUGUCAUACAACAAAUUUAGUGGAUCCAUUCCAGGAGAAAUUGGGAGAAUAAGGACGCUUCAGAUUUUAUAUCUUUAUUCAAAUGAUUUGUCCGGUGAAAUUCCACAUGAGUUGGGUAACCUGGAUAACCUCAAGGAGUUGAGCAUGGGACUUAAUUUUCUUAAUGGCUCUAUACCAGCCAGUAUCUUUAACAUUUCAUCAUUGCAAUUUAUUGAGAUUGCUGAAUGCAACCUAUCUGGAUCAAUUCCAGUAAGCUUGGUGAAUUUGCAAAAGCUUCAAGCAUUAGCUCUUCAUCUCAAUAAAAUAAAUGGAUCUAUCCCGGACUCUCUCUGUGAACUUCACAAUUUAUAUCUGUUGUCAUUGGCACAAAAUCAAAUAACAGGUGCUAUUCCAAGGUGCAUAGGGAAUAUUAUUACACUAAGGCGUCUAUAUAUCGAUGCCAACAGAUUGACUUCCACCAUACCUGCAAGCCUGUGGCUCCAGAAAAAUCUUCUGGAAUUGAAUCUAUGUACAAAUACUUUGAGUGGCUCUCUACCUCAAGAAAUUGGGAACCUCAAGGUUGCAUUUCUUAUUGAUCUAUCAGUCAAUCAAUUCUCAGGUAGUAUCCCAAGCACAAUUGGAGAUUUACAGACCUUGAGUAAUCUUUCCUUAGCACAUAAUGCAUUGCAGGGAUCUAUUCCAGAGUCGGUGGGAAAGAUGCUGAACUUGGAGCAACUCGAUCUAUCUCACAACAAUCUUUCUGGUACUAUCCCCAAGUCCUUGGAGGCACUUAAAUAUCUCACUUACUUGGACGUUUCUUUCAAUGAUUUAAGUGGUGACGUUCCUUCUGGUGGUCCUUUCAAAAACUUUUCAAGUAAAUCCUUCAUGUCUAAUGAGGGAUUAUGUGGUGAUCCUAUAUAUGGUCUUCCAUCAUGUCCUACUGGCACGGCCUUGGCAUAUGCAAUUGGAAGAUACCGAAGGAAAAAAUUGGUGGAAAAUAGAGUAGACUUUGCACCUGGCACAACUCUAAGGGUCUCGUAUCAUGAACUUUUGCAAGCAACUGAAGGGUAUAGUGAGAGCCAUUUGCUUGGUACUGGGAGUUUAGGCUCUGUCUAUAGAGGGACUCUCAAUAAUGGAAGGGAUGUCGCAGUGAAGGUUUUCAAUUUGCAACAACAAAAUGCAUUCAAGAGUUUUGAUGUAGAAUGUGAAGUAUUACGAAACGUUCACCAUAGAAAUUUGUGCAAAGUCAUUAAUAUGGUUGCUCACUUGAGUGAUUUUGGAAUUGCUAAGUUAUUGGGUGAAGGAGAUAGCAAUGCAUACAGUACAACCCUGGGAACAUUGGGUUACAUUGCACCACAGUAUGGAUUGGAAGGAUCAGUGUCAAUAAGAUGUGAUGUUUAUAGCUAUGGCAUCAUGUUAAUGGAAGUAUUUACACGAACGAAACCAAGCGAUGAAAAGUUUUCUGGAGAUUUAAUCCUAAGGAGCUGGAUCAAUGAUUCUAUGCCCAAUGCAAUAACUCGGAUUAUAGAUUCGAACUUGUUGGGACUAGAAGAACACAACACAAAAAAGUUGAAAUGUUUGUCAUCUGUAAUGGAACUUGCUUUAAAUUGCUCGAUGGAGAGUGCCAGUGAGAGGGUGAACAUGAAAGAAGUUGUUGUAGCAUUGAAGAAUAUCAGAUUUCAACUCCUUGCUUAA